AUGGAAAUAGAAGAAGAGUAUUGCAAUACUGAACUUUGUCUUGGAAUUGGGAGGGAGCCCACCUCGAAGAGAAACUCGGAGCAAAUUUCUUCACUCCAAAUUAAUUUCAAAGAAGUAGAUCAAAAAGAGAGAAAACCGUCAAUCAAAGGAGGAGGAGGAGAAGAAAACAAGCCCGUAUCAAUUCGGAAAAAGCUUAGGUUGAGCACAGAGCAAUCUGAAUUUCUUGAAAACGCAUACAGAGCCCAUGCUACUCUCACUCAGGAUGAGAAGUUAGAACUAGCAGAGGAGCUCAAUUUGAGCCCACGUCAAGUGGAAGUUUGGUUUCAAAAUAGAAGAUCGAGGACUAAGUUUAAGCAGAUGAAGAUGGAGCGCGAGUAUCUGAAAAAAUUAUGUGAGAGCCUUACUGAAGAGAAUCAGAGGCUAAAGAGAGAGAUGCUGGAAUUACUGAUGUUAGUGAAGUGUUGGCAAAAAAAUACGCAAGAGGAGUAA